AUGGCGGCACCCGGGGGCCUCCUGGACCAGUGCCGGGGUGAGCUGUGGGGAACUGAGGGGAUAAAUAUAGCACAGCACAGCCCUUACGUGCUGCCGGGGAAAGAACCCCGCCCCCCGAUCCCCCGGCCUCCCACGGCAGCCCCACCGCCGCGGGCAGGAGGCGAGCUGUGUGGCGGGGCGGUGGGGCCGGUGAGGCUGCCGCCUUGGCCACCGAUGGUCCAGCUCUGCAAGGUGACGGCCUCGCUGCUCAUCAGCAACGCCAGGGCAGCCUGCAACCAGGACCUGCUGGUGAGAGAGGGGGUCACCUUCUGCGUUAAUGUCACCAGGCAGCAGCCCUUCCCCGGCCUCCAGCAGGUCCGGGGCAUACGCAUACCCGUGUUCGACGAUCCGGCUGAAGACCUGUACCGGUACUUCGAGCAGUGCAGUGAUGCUAUAGAAGAGGCGGUGAAGAGUGGUGGGAAGUGCUUAGUGUACUGUAAAAACGGCCGCAGCCGAUCAGCUGCCAUUUGCACGGCUUAUCUGAUGAGACACAGAAAGCUCCCACUCAAGGAUGCCUUUGAGGCUGUGAAGACUGCCAGACCAGUAGCAGAACCCAAUGCAGGAUUUUGGUCUCAGCUACAGAGAUACGAAGAAGAUUUGCAGAUAGCGAAGCAGUCUGAUCUGCCGAGCAAAGGACUUAAAAAUACCAAUGUAUGA